AUGCAGAACCCACUUCAACAGUUCCUCACGAUUCUGGCCACGAGAGAAGAAGUUAUUUUUAUGAUUCGCAUCCUAACCCACUAAUCUCUUGAAGAUGGAAGAAAUCUCAGAGAAUAUCAAUACGAAAUCAUGAGAGGAGAGCGAAAAAGAGAAGAACUGGAAACCCAAGUGUAACAUAAGUGCCUUAAAUGUUUGCUAGUUAUUCAACUAUAACCGAAUCUGCACAUCGAAAAGUAUUCCUCCCCAAAGUCGUUUAGAAAUUCAACAAAAUCCAAACCUAUUAUUCCAACAAAACCAAAGUAAUCAACUCUCAAUCUAUCAGAUCUACUACCCUAAACAAGGAUAAUUAAUCGGAUAGGAGAACAUCGUCUAGCCCAAUCUAAGGAAUGCCAUAAUCAGCAUGCAACAGGAGAGUUUGGUUUCCAUCCUUAAAUACUUGAGUAACGUGUAGAAGAUGAAGAUGAAACAAGAACUCAAUCGGGCAUAGCUAUGCUUUAUUCUAGAGAAGAGAGAUGUAAUCGUAAUGAGAAGUUCUUUUCCGAACCUCUACUCAUGGGAAAUUUCGGUAUGAAUUACAUCAACAAAUUGCAUCAGAAAUAUUAUUUGUUAGCAUCUUACAGAAACUGGAAGAAUGUUUAUGAUGUUCUCAUGUUAGAUGACACUACCAAAUAGUUGUAUCUCUAAGGAGCAGGUUUCAAGAGUGUGAUUGGCAGUAUCAAUAAAUAAAAGAAGUCCAAUGAUGCCCCUUAAGUCUAUGUCCCAAUAGAAACAACCCAAGAAAUCAUCACUACUCGCUAUGAGAAACUACUCAAGGAUCUCAUGGACAUGAAUCACCAUGUCUCCAAAUCCAUUAUGAAAUAUAACGCUUUGCAUCAACGCAGAAAAAAGAAUAAGGAAUCACAAAAUAGAAUCAAAAUAACCACAACCAGACAUUCACAACAAGAUAAAAUACUUAAUUUAAGUGAUUUUGGGAAAUUCUCAGCUCCAUCCUCCAGAUAUAGUAGAUCAAGAUAACUCAAAACCUAGUUGUCAUGUUUAUAGUCUCCAUCUGAACCACACAUUAAAUAAUAUGAGUCGUUUGAUUAAUAAAUGCAUUAAUUAAAAUUCAUGAAAUACUUUAAGGAAGCUUCCUUCUCAUUAAAAUAACAAUUUGGCUACACCCCAGAAGAGCAAGCUCUCAAACUCUUUGAUCAAGCUUAUCAUUACGAUAGUUCGAUCCUCCCCAUUAAUCUACUGGAUCAAAUUGCUGAAUUAAGUUUUCAAAUGGAACACUAUCCAAAAAUAAUCAAUUAAAUUGUUCUCCAAUUAUCAACCAUUGGCAUCUCUUCCAAUGUUAUACUCAAAACACUUAUCAUUACAGAUUAUCUCUUAAAAUAUGGAUGCUCAGGUAUAAUUGACGAUUUGAAAGUAAGGAUCUACAUGUUUAGAAAUUAUCAAGAUUUUAAAAUUGAUUUCCAAGAACCUAUCUACAUAACAAUACGACAAAAAGCAGGGAAUAUUGCCAAUUAAUUAAGCAAUAGAAAACUGUUAUACAAGGAAAAAGAAAUAGCUAGGCAAAUGAAGCUUAAAAUAUAAAUUAACAAGCAAAAAACUUAAUCAUUGAGUCAUCAAGAUUACAAAUAAACUACAACUACUAUGGAUGAUAUUCUAGAAAACUAUAUUUUUAAAUAUAUGGAUAAAUUUAAUGAUAAGUUGGAUGGUUGGGGAGAUUAGAUUAAUGAUAAAUUAGAUUAAAUUAUUGAUAAUAUCAAAAUCAAUACAACUUAUGAAAGAGAUGAAAAUGGGUAUUACUUUCCAGAAUCAUGCAUGGAUGAAAUCACCAUCACAAAUACACCUAUUGAAAUUUAAGAAUCGAAAAAUUAAGAGCAAAAAAUAACAAACAACCACAAAAAAGAUUUAUUGGAAUUCGAAAACAAUGAUAUUUAAAUAUAAUAAUAGCCAAAAUAAGAGAUUAAUUUACUAGAUUGA